AUGGAGCCAAGCCUUUUGGACCACAGCAUGAAUCAUUACUCCAGCAGCACCUACCCAGAGGACAGGACAGAGAAUCCUCCCUCUUUUCUACACAGCUCCUCCUCCCCUCAGUCAAGUGGUGGAUCCCUUAUGUCUACGCUCCUACAGACAACCAUAGAGAGUAAAAGAACCCUGCAGGAGAGCACCACUGCAUACUACCCCCCAGACGCUCCCAUGUCCAGCUCUGCCGCGACGAAUCUUAACCAGGUGGACCACCACAGCAGCAGUACCACCAUGGCACCUCUGUCUCCAGCCAGCCAGGCAUCCACCGGGGCCACCAUGGCACCUCUGUCUCCAGCCAGCCAGGCAUCCACCGGGGCUAGUCCCACUAGAUUCAGACUCAAUGAGCCCGGGUUGACCCAGGACUGGAUGCUGGAGCUGGUUGACAGACACCGGGCGAAGCGUGCCAGAGUGGAGAACAUCAUCAGAGGCAUGGCAGGCUCUCCUCUCAGUGUUUAUUUCACAGGUGAAGGGUUUGGUGAAGGGGAGACCACUCCAACCAGUCACCUUCAGAGUGAGACGUUGGAAAACAAGAGGAAACAGAGGGUGCCACAGCACCAGGACGUCCCCAGGACAGGGGGCGUUAGCAGGAAGAGUACGGACGAGGGGCAUACACUGAGGAAGCAGCUUCAGACCAUGCAGACGCUCCUGGGUCAACUCCAGGCCAGGUUCAUCCAGGUCUACGAGAAUCAGUCUGAAGAGGAGGACCACCAUAGUACUUGGAACAAAGAAUAUGUGGAGACAAAGACAUCUCCUGGUGAGGUGUUCUUGGACCCUUACAGUGAGUUUAACAAUAAGACGCCUUUAGAUAAAGGUCACCUGGGAUGGAUGAAUAACAAGCAAACUGACUACCUCCACUCAAACCCAGACAACGAAGACAAACUCCUAGCAGAUAUUCUCAAGUAUGAACUCUCCAGAGCUGUAAACUCGAGCGUUGACUCAAUUUUCAAAAACAUAUCACAUACUUUCGUCAAGUCACCACAGCUACACGUCGAGGAUGGUGGAAUGGUGGAAACAGACGAUGAGACCGUGUUCCUCAGCUCUCGCGAGCCAGCGUCAACAUCCACCCGUCCUCCAUUCCUAUACAACCACCCCACUGCUCUACAGGAAAACCACCAAGUACUGGACAACCUGAAACACAACAGCUCCCAUCACGAUACCUUCGGAGGGCUCCAGUGUAAACCCAGUACCAUGGGUCUGUCUACCCCAGAGAUAGUUGACUUACCGUGGGAUCCGGUCGUAGUGAGGUCCAAGGGGACCUCCAGGCCAUCCGGGAGUCCUCAGGCUCACCAACCCAUGGCCACAGGGCAUCGUGUGCUUCUGGACAGUCUCGGUCUCCCUCACAUCAAGAUGGACUGUGGUAGCUUUCAGAGUAUGGUGAAAAGGACCUCGUAUGUGCUGAAUGUAUCCUUUUCAAGAGAAGGUCUGACCACACAGCACCUGAAGAAAGCCAAGUUGAUGUUCUUCUAUACUCGCUACCCUAGUUCCAACGUACUCAAAACCUUUUUCUCCGAUGUCCAGCUCACUCGCUGCAUCACGUCCCAGCUGAUUAAAUGGUUCAGCAACUUCAGAGAGUUCUACUAUAUUCAGAUGGAGAAGUUUGCCCGUCAGGCCCGAGUGGAAGGGGUUAACAGUGCGAGGGAUGUAGCAGUGAGCAGAGACUCGGAGCUCUUCAGAGCCCUCAACAUGCACUACAACAAGGCCAAUGACUUUCAGGUCCCUGACAGGUUUCUUGAGGUGGCUGAGAUCACACUACAGGAGUUUUACAUAGCCAUCUCUCUGGCCAGAGACUCAGACCCAUCCUGGAAGAAAGUAAUCUAUAAGGUCAUCUGUAAACUGGACAGUGACGUACCAGCUGAAUUCAAAGCCCCCUUCACAACAUAG